AAUGGAGACCAUAGAUUUCUCUUUCACAGAUAGUUUUUACUGGGAAGAUCCACUAAGUGUCGACUUUGGAUGGAAUUACGAAGAAAACUAUAUACCCUGCCAAGAAUUAGAAAAGAAAGGAAGAAAACGUGUAAAUCAACGGCACGCGGCAAAUUUACGAGAGAGGAAACGUAUGAGAACGAUUAAUGACGCCUUUGAAGGACUUAGGGCGAGAGUUCCGGCCGCUGAUAAAAAAUUAUCGAAAGUCGAUACCCUAAGGCUGGCAGUACGUUAUAUACAACAUUUAGCAAAUAUAGUAGAAAGCUGUGGAGGUACGAAUAAUAAAAAACAGAAGAAGACGGAAACGAAUGGCAAAGUGAUUUUAAGAUGCUCUCAAUAUCAACAAGUUCAAGCAGGUGAAUAUCCACUAUCAUCCGUCUACGGACAUUCUUUAUCGUGGACGUCCGAAAAAGAGAUUGAAGAAGAUCAUUUUAGUGAAAGGAAAAAAUCUGCAACAUUAUGGAUACCGGAACAAUUAUGCCCUGAAGAACAAGCCGAACUUUCUUCGCAAUCCCUCCGCGCUUGA